CAGUCUCUCAUUCGUCUCUCGUAUUCGCUGUCGUCAGCACACGCGCACGCAACGAGCAACGGAUUCGAGAGUUUCGCGUACGAGUUUUCGCCCUCACCUCGUCCAGCGCACACACACACACGCACACAUAACGAAAGACACAUAUAUAUUUAUAUAUAUACGCACGUCGUCGGUUAUUCGCUUCGGUGACGGCGCUCGUUAACGCUUGGGAACAGGUUUCGCCGCUGUCCGUUCGCUCAACGGCGAAACAGAAAGGUGCUCAAUUCCGCGUUGUGUGGAGGUAUUUUUCGACGUCUCACGCAACGCGCUGAUUUUUUGCCCAAAUAGCAAAAAAUUCCCAAAAAAAAGCAGAAAAUUACAAAGAAAGCAAAAACAAAAAAAAAACUUAAACAAAUUUGUCAAAGCACAUUUCGCGACGCGUUUUAAUAAACAAAUUUCAAGUGUUUUUGCGUUCAAAAUAAAACAAGAAAAAAUAAUAUCUAAAACAAAUAGCAAAAGCUGUUGCAAAAGGCGAAAUGAAAAUUUAAGAUAUAUAUACAUCAAUAUACCUACAUAUAUAUAUAUAUAUAUGUGUGUCAAUUGCCAAAACUUGUGGCGAUUCCGAACAAAUUCAACUAGAUAAAUCAAAAAGAAAUUCCAACAAGUGCAACAUGGUUUCCCUAUCAAAUGUUCAAACAAAUCAUAGCCAAUAAAAUAAAUAACUGAUAAACGAAAAAAACAAAAACACAAAAACAACAAAUAUAAAUCAAAUUUUAAAUUAAAGUCAACUCUAACUAAUUGAGCUACGCAUAGUAACUGGACUAAGGCAACUGUAAAAGUGUCAAACAUAAAAAGUAUCUGCAAGAUACAAGCGUGCAUUUAACGGAUUUAACUCUAAUUGAAGUGUUCUGGAGACUUUGAGGCAUCUACAGGUGCUUACGAAGAGUCGAAAAGUAUCUGCAACUGCAAGUAGCUAUAAAUUGUUCAAUAUUGAGCAAAAAGUGGCGACAACUCAACUCAAAAAGGCAAAAGAUACAAAAGAAUCUUUGAGUUGCAAAAGUAUCUGCAGCUAAAGCAAAUAUAACCAAGAGAUACAUACAAGUAUCUGCAAGUAUUUAAAGUCAACCAGAAGAAAAGUAUCUACAGCUAAACAAAGGCAGCUAAAGCAAAUGUAUCUAUGACAUGCAAAAGUAUCUACAAGCUACAGAAAAGUAUCUGCAACAAAGCAAAUGUAUCUAUCGAUUGAUAAAGUAACUAAAACACACUAGAUACAAUUAAACGGAGAUUAUCUGCCAGCAUUGCGUUAGCUUAAUGCCUUGCCUCAAUCGCUAGCGCUUGAAAUCCAAUUGCCAAGAGCAACAGCAACAACUACGGCAACAGCAGCAGUAACAAACAGCAGCAAAUAGAUACACAAGAGCAACCACAACGCUUGCAACGAUGCUGACGAUGGAAGCGGACAUGAAGUGCGGCAUCCUGCCCGGCCAAAUGCCGCCGCUGCACGGCCAUGCACAUGCCGCAGCUGCGGCCACAUCAUAUUCGGCAUUGGCGCCGCUGAUGAACCUGGGCCCCUCCCAUCUCACCCACUCGCACCUCAGCCAGCACAAUCAUCAUCAUCACCAUCAUCAUCAUAUGAGCGCCCACAUCGCGGCCAGCCAGAGUCCGAAUCCGCUCAGCUCGCUGCAGUCGAGCAUUGCCAAUACGCUGAACGGCGCCACGCAACAGCAGCAGCAGCAGCAGCAGCAGCAGCAGCAGCAGCAGAGCUCGCCCCUGCACAGCUCCAGUGAGCUGAGUCCGACGCAGAGCAGCAUUGGCAGCCAUCACAUGACCUCACCCGUUAGCCAUCAUCAGCAGCAGCAACAGCAGCAGCAACAGCAACAACAGCAGCAGCAGCAACACUCGCAGCAUCCGUCGCUGAUGGGCGCUGGCAGUGCUCUGAGCAGCAUGACCGCCGGCAGCAACAACAACAACAACAACAACAGCGCCACUGCGAACAAGAAUCAGCAGCACGCGGAUCGCGUGAAGCGGCCAAUGAAUGCGUUCAUGGUCUGGUCACGCGGCCAGCGUCGCAAAAUGGCUUCCGACAAUCCAAAGAUGCACAAUUCAGAGAUAUCGAAGCGCCUGGGCGCACAGUGGAAGGAUCUAUCGGAGGCGGAGAAGCGGCCCUUCAUCGAUGAGGCGAAACGUUUGCGGGCCGUUCACAUGAAGGAGCAUCCGGAUUACAAAUAUCGUCCGCGUCGCAAGACCAAAACCCUGACCAAAACCAAGGAGAAGUACCCGAUGGGCGGCGCAGGUCUGAUGCCCGGCCAGGGUCCGCCCGGCGGCCAGGUGGGCGAUAUGCCCGGCACACCGACACGCCUCGGCCAGCAGGUGGGCGGCGGCGUUGGCGGCGUCGGUGGCAUGUCACAGAAUCAGUCCAGCGGUGCAUCGGCAGCGGCUGCUGCGGCGGCUGCUGCUGCCGCGGCCGCCCAACAGGUGCGCCCCAACAUCCAUCAGAUGGGCGUGCCCAAUGGCUACAUGCCCAACGGCUACAUGCAUCCGGAUCCUGCUGGCUAUCAGACGCACUACAUGAACUACGCGCCGCGCUACGAGAUGACGCACAUGUACAAUGGCUACGGCAUGUACGAUACGGUUGCCGGCGGCCAGACAUCGCCCUACGGCAGCAGCACCCUGCAACAGCAGCAGCAGCAGCAGCCCGGAUCCCCGUCGCCGUACGGCAGCGCCGGACUGCAGCAGCCGAGCAAUGGCUCGCCGGCGCCGUAUGGUGCACAGAUAUCCUGCCAGAGCCACAGUCCCAGCGAUUCCAGCAUCAAGUCAGAGCCCGUUUCGCCCAGUCCCAGUGCGAUUGCACUGAAUAACAACAACAACAACAAUAACAAUAAUAAUAACAACAACAAUCACAUCAUGAAGCGGGAAUAUGUGACAUCGGCGACGGCAGCGGCAGCCGCAGCGGCGGCAGCAGCUGGCGCCGGCACCGAUCUCAACAAUCUGAUGAACAUGUAUCAUCUGCACGACGCGCCCGAGCAGCAGCGCCACCUGAUGCACUACCAGACGGCGUCGCCGGAGCUGCAGCAGCAGUCGAUGCAGCACGUGAUGCACCAGCACCAGCAACAGCAGCAACAGCAGCAGCAGCAGCAACAGCAAUUGGCCCAGCAGCAACAUCCGCAGCAACAACAUGCGCAACAGCAGCACCUGCAGCAGCAGCAGCAACACCAGCAACAUCAGCUGCAUCAGCAAUCGCUGCGCGCAAUGGCGCCGCUGGCACAUAUGUGAGAAAUGGCCAGCGCCUAUGGAGCAGCCGCCGUUGGGUCUGUGACGCCGCCGCCGCCAACCGUUGCUGGCGCUUAUAUGCCAGCAGGGGCCGUGCAAGCAGCAGCGGCAGCAGCCGCCGCCCAGCAACAGCAGCAGCAGCAGCAACAGUUGCUGAAUGGCCGGCCAAGUCCGACGGCGUCGGGUUCGGGAUCGUCGGGCGGCCGCUCCUCGGCGCAUUCGAGUGGUCAUAUUGCCACAGCGCAUUCACCCGCCUUGGCGGCGGCUGCUGUUGCCGCUGCCGCCUAUCAGUUGUCCGCAACAACAGCAGCAGCAGCAGCCACCACCUCCUCCUCCGCUGCCGCCGCCUCCUCCGCAGUCGCUGCAACUAGCUGCCAAGCGGCCAGUGCAUUUGCGGCCUCGGCCAGCAUGCUGGACAUGCAACAACAAUUGGAGGAGCAACAGCAGCAACAGCAGCAGCAGCAUCACCAGCACUACCUGCAGCAUCAGCAACAUCUGCAGCAACAGCAGCAGCAGCAGCAGCAGCAUUUGCAGCAUCAUCAGCAGCAGCAGCAUCCGCAUCAGCAGCAUCCACAUCAGCAUCAGCUGUAUCAUUAUCAUGCCACGCAUCCGCAGCAGCUGCAUGAGGCGAGCGCUGGCUUGUUGGAUAUAUCCACAUUGUAAAUUAUUGAAAAUAUAUAUAUAUGAAUAUAUAUGCAUAAAUAUAUGUAUAAAUAGAACCUACACACACACACA